AUGAACGCUUUCAUGGUUUGGGCGAAAGACGAGAGGAGGAAAAUCCUGCAGGCCUUCCCCGACAUGCACAACUCCAACAUCAGCAAAAUCCUGGGUUCCCGCUGGAAAGCCAUGUCCAACCAAGAGAAGCAGCCAUACUACGAAGAACAAGCUCGCCUCAGCAAGAUCCACCUAGAGAAGUAUCCCAACUACAAGUACAAGCCCCGGCCCAAGCGCACGUGUAUCGUGGACGGCAAGAAGCUCCGUAUUGGAGAGUACAAACAGCUGAUGAGGUCGAGGAGACAGGAGAUGAGGCAAUUCUUCACCGUGGGGUGA